UGUUAAUAAACAGUUAAUCGAACAAAAAACAUCAAUCUAGUCACUGAGAUAAAUUUGAUAAUGUGAAUCGCGUUUAUUAAACAAUAAAAUGUGAAAAAAUAAUUUGCGUUCAAAAUUUGCGCCCAUUUCUAUGAUUGGUUGCUAUGCUACGUGAGCACCCAUUGGCGCAUUUUGAAACCCCAACAAACGUCAUUUCGACAGGUUGAAAAUUCAAAAUUUUCAGUUUUCAAACUUUAAAAUCCUGAAAAAUCAAAAACAGAAUGUCUCAGCACGGCGCAACUCUGCAGACCUACAAUCAGGAAUUAGUAAAAUGUUUAGAAGACCUGAAAAUGAAAAGGAAUGAGAUGUUAAUAAUUGUAAAACGGGAAGAACAAGAGAAGCAAUCCAUCGAGAAAAAUAUGGACCUGAUGCGAGAUAAAUUGAAUGUGGUUACUGAAAGUUUAGAAAAACAUCGGUCGCUGUGUGAGAGUUAUGAAAAAACAAUUCAGGACACAGAAGCCGGGUUUAAAAAGGUUUCAGUAGAUUUUAGAGACCAGUCAAAUUUUGCUAAACCUAGCCCAAACAGAAGCCAGCAAACUUAGUGUUGUUGUCAACAAGAAUGAGAUUUCUCCUAAGUUAGACGAAGCCACAAAUCCGUAUUGCGAUUAAACUGAGGCUACUUUGUUAUUCAAUCGUGUGUCAAUAUAUUUUUUUACUAAUU